UUGAGUUUCACUUUUUUUGUCUAUUAUGAAUAUUAAUGCUGCUAUGAACAUUCAUGUACAAGUUUUUAUAUGAACAAGUUUUCAUUUUUCUUCAGUAUAUAUAUCUAGGAGUGGAAUUAAUGGGCCAUAUGAUCCUUAGUCUCUUCUAACCUUUAAUUCUUUAACACAUCUCUCAAGCUCUCCUCUCUAGUUGCUAACCUCGUGCACUCCCAUACUGUUUUCUUUAGAUUUUUAUAACAUUUUCACUUAUCUAAGGUUUUCCCCCUCUCCCCCCCAGCUACAACUUUAUCAAGCAAACACACAAAAAUGAUAAUUGGGAAACUACAGCAGGGGGGGAGUGGGAGAGAAUCAUGUUGUUAUUUGCUUGUUUAGUCAUUUAGAGCUUUCAUGCCAAACCCUGGCAGCCACCCACCAGGAGGAUUUGACACAGCUUUUGGUGGGCAAGGUUAAUAAUAACCUCAAUCGCUGAGAACUCUGCUGCCAUUCUAAGGUAGGAGUUUCUUAUACUUUAAAAACCUGGUAAGAAAACCUGACCAGCAGCUUCAUAGAGAUUAUAUGUCUUAACCACAGAAUUACAUAUUUUUACAUUUCUACUGUUUUUCAAAAUCCGAAAGGGAGGUUCCAAUAUUGCUCCUGAUGUUAGUUCCAACUUUUAUUGAGUAAUCCUCAGAGAUACAGCACUGAAUCCCAGAUGAUGAAGAUAGUGCCAUUUCUAAGAUCUUAAAUUGACAAGUUUUCUUUGACAAUAGCUUUCUCUCCUAUUAAACUUAUCCUUCAUGCCUAUGAUGACUGACUUCCACUUCCUCAAAGCCUCUAUAUUUUCAGUUUAUUAACCAAUUUCCUAUCUAGCUGAAACCUAUGGGCAAGCCAUUUCAGUGGUGCUUUUCUCCAUCAUCCUCGAUUUCUUCUUUGUUUAAUCUGUGCUGCAAAUUCUCUAAGAGGAAAUUUACCAUCUACUUUCUCCAUUCUUGUCCUUGGGAAUGCCAAGUCCCUUGAAACAGAGUCAGUAGGUUUCAAGUGGGCACAUAUUACUAUUUUGAAUUCCUUUCAUAUCAAAAUGAGUUUUCUCAUAACUACCUAUUUCAAGGAAUUUCUGCUCUCAAGUCCUUAAGACUUAAUCUCACGAUUAUCUGUUUUGCAAAACUGAAGUUCUUUACCUGAGAAGAUUUAGGCCAGCUAAUGUGUCCGUCCAAUACUUUUCUCAGUUUUUCUUUAAACUCCUUUUUUUCUAAACCUCUUCAAGGCUAAGCCCUUUUCAUACUUAAUUACUUUCUCUUCACUACCUGGCCUUAGUUUUUUUUUUUAAUCAAUUAUUCCUUUUCUUCACUCUUUAACGCCUCUCUCUCCAUUCGUCUUCACUACAAAGAUUUCCCUGUGUUUUUUAAAUUAAUCUUGCAUCUAUAUAAUGCUAUCUCCUCUUUCGCAAACAUGUAAAUGACUUUACCUAGGAUGUGUAAUUCUUGAAUGCCCUGUCUCCUUUACAGUUGGCUUUAAACUCAAUUCUGUUUUAAAUUGUUUUCUCAAGUGUUACCUAUUCACCAAAUCCAAUAUUUUUUUAAAAGUAUAUUUUAUUGAUUUUUUUACAGAGAGGAAGGGAGAGGGAUAGAGAAUUAGAAACAUCGACAGAGAAAUAUCAACCAGCUGCCUCCUGCACACCCCCUACUGGGGAUGUGCUGGCAACCAAGGUACAUGCCCCCGACUGGAAUCAAGCCUGGGACCCUUGAGUCCGCAGGCCGACACUCUAUCCAGUGAGCCAAACCAGUUAGGGCCAAAUCAAUAUUUUUAGUUUACCCUUUUGAUUGCCUGUGGGAUUUAAGCUUCAGGGUCUCUUGCUUAGAGGAGCCUUUAAAAUGUUUGUUGUUGAAUAUUUUUGUAAAGUUGCAAAAGCAAAAUAUUUUUGCCUUCUUGUCAAGCUUCAGGCCUCCCAAACCUGGAUUUGCCAUUUUAUAAAAGGUGAUCUGCCCCUCAUAUAAAAGAAGUUCAUCAGAUUCUGUUAUAGCCUGAGGUAACAACAUUGGGCAUGGCUCCCUUCAACUUGGUCACAGCAAAGGAAGGAACUAAUUGCUAUAUUAAAAUUUAUAUCCUGGAUUGACCAAAUACUUAUAUUAUUUUCAUACCUAGGUCCCAGGUCUUGUCCUUAAUAUUACAGGUUCAGGAACUAGUUUUUAAGCCUUUUGACCAAGGUGAUCAAGCACUGAAAAAUUAAUUCAUGCUAACCAAACUCUCAAAGGAUUAUUUAUAAACCGGAAUGUUUAUUUCUUAGCAUACAAAAAGGAAUUAAUAUUGUAAUAUUGACUGGGUAUAAAUAUCUGCUAUCCAGAACACACUUAACUGAAUCAAGAUAGAGAUCAAAUAUGAUUAUAAAACGUUUCGUUUUCAUGACUUAACGUGAAAAUAACUGAGUGCUGAAGGCGUCCUUACUGCAGAGGUAUGGCCUACAGUGCACCCUAAACCCUGUUUCUUGUGUGACUUAAGCGUGUGCAAGAUUCUGAUCUACCAGUGUUGCCUGGUUAUGUAUGAAUUGAGUUGGUCUGUGCCUUAAAGAUCCCACCCCCCAAAUGCACCCAAUUUGGCUGCCAUACGCCAAUACUGCGUUCCCCAACCUUCCUCACUUUUGUCCUUUUAUUUCAUUCGUGUAUCUCCAUUCCCCUCACUUCCAGUGCCCAGGCUACCCUCAAGGUCCCUCCUAACGUAAGUUCUGUCGUCACCUACCUACUUUUACCUUGCCUCACCUAUUAGUCAUCACCUCCGACCAACACCCUCAUCCCCCAUCUGGCCCAGACUGGCUCCACCUCUCACACCGAACCUUCCCGGGUGAGGGCGCCGUGGGCCGCUCCCCGUCCAGCGAGGAAGCUGCGGGGGGAACACUUUCUCCAGCUCUUUGCAUGACCUCCCUCUCCCAUUUUCUCCCAGUCCUACAAACCACCACCACAUUUACCCUCCCCAUGAACACCGGGAUCGUCUCCUGCCCGCGUCUGCGGGGAGAGGUCUCCAGCGAAGGCAGAAAGGUGUCCCCUUACUUAAUGUAGGUGUGUCCAGAUGCUGGCACCCGCGCCGUCAGGGAGCGGAACCCGGGCGGAGCCCCAGGUGAAGGGGAAGGGUGGUUGGCGCUAAGCCAAUCACGGCUCAUGACAACAGGGAUCAGCCAAUCAGAACACGGGGUGCUUGGCGCAGGGUAAGGGCCCGCCCCCUUGCAGCUGGGUGGCCAACGCCUUCGCCAGGGCUGGCUGGAGCUGAGCUGGUUUCCGAGUCCAGGGACUGGGCACCUUCCGAGCUGGGAGACCGCGCCCUCCCACCCCAGCUGAUUUCUCUGCCGGCCUCGGCCUUAGCAGGUGUCGGUCCGGCCGUGGACGCAUUCUGACCUGAGCCGUAUCUCUCCCUGGAGACUUUGUGCCUAUGGUUGGGGACAGAGUGAGGUCGUUGCCUUGACGACGGCAGCAUGCAGGCAGUGGUCCUCCUGAGCGUGAGCUUGGGGCGGGCCGAGGCCAAUCUGCCUCUCUCUGCUUCACCUGGCGCCCGUGACUGUGUCCUCACAAGGAAUCGUAACCGCACUGAAACUGCUAGUUUGCUAGUCAGCAUUUUUUAGACCCGCGGGAGAGAUGAAUUUCACCUCAAAUUUGUUUCCGAGUUGAAAACCUUUGGGUCUUUCCACGUGAAAGGAUAUUAAAGAAGCACAAGAAAAAAAAUACUUCUGGUUUUGAAUUAAAAUGGAAAAAUAUGAGAACCUAGGAUUGGUUGGAGAAGGGAGCUAUGGAAUGGUGAUGAAGUGUAGGAAUAAAGAUACUGGAAGAAUUGUAGCCAUUAAGAAGUUCUUAGAAAGUGAUGAUGACAAAAUGGUUAAAAAAAUUGCUAUGCGAGAAAUCAAGUUACUAAAGCAACUGAGGCAUGAAAAUCUGGUGAAUCUGUUGGAGGUGUGCAAGAAAAAAAAACGAUGGUACCUAGUCUUUGAGUUUGUUGACCAUACCAUUCUUGAUGACUUGGAACUCUUUCCAAAUGGACUAGACUACCAGCUUGUUCAAAAGUAUUUGUUUCAGAUUAUUAAUGGAAUUGGAUUUUGUCAUAGUCACAAUAUCAUACACAGAGAUAUCAAGCCAGAGAAUAUAUUAGUCUCCCAGUCUGGCGUUGUCAAGUUAUGUGAUUUUGGAUUUGCGCGGACAUUGGCAGCUCCUGGGGAGGUUUACACUGAUUAUGUGGCAACCCGAUGGUACAGAGCUCCAGAACUAUUGGUUGGUGAUGUGAAGUAUGGCAAAGCUGUUGACAUAUGGGCCAUUGGUUGUCUGGUAACCGAAAUGCUCAUGGGGGAGCCCCUUUUUCCUGGAGAUUCUGAUAUUGAUCAGCUAUAUCAUAUUAUGACGUGUUUAGGUAACCUCAUUCCAAGGCACCAGGAGCUGUUUUAUAAAAACCCUGCAUUUGCCGGAGUAAGGUUGCCUGAAAUCAAGGAAAUGGAACCUCUUGAAAGACGCUAUCCCAAACUCCCUGAAGUUGUGAUCGAUUUAGCAAAGAAAUGCUUACAUAUUGAUCCAGACAAAAGGCCCUUCUGUGCUGAGCUCCUGCACCACGAUUUCUUUCGUAUGGAUGGAUUUGCUGAAUGGUUCUCUCAGGAACUACAGUUAAAAAUACAGAAAGAUGCCAGAAAUAUUUCUUUAUCUAAAAAAUCCCAAAACAGAAGGAAGGAGAAGGAAAAAGAUGACGUUUUAGGUGAGGAGAGAAGCACACUUGUGGUACAGGAUUCCAAUGCUGAUCCCAAAAUUAAGGAUUCUAGAAUAUUAAAGAUAAAAGGGUCAAAAAUUGAUGGAGAAAAAGUUGAAAAAACCAGUCGCGCUUCAAAUGUCAGCUGUCUCCAUGACAACGGGUCUAGCCACAUCAAAGCAGUGCCUUCAACAAGCCUCAGAGAUUGCAGCAAUGGCAGUGUGGACCACACAAGGAAUCCAGGCAUGGCUAUUCCUCCACUUACACACAAUCUUUCUGCACUAGCUCCUGGUAUUAAUUCUGGAAUGGGGACUAUCCCAGGAGUUCAGAGUUACAGAGUGGAUGAGAAGACCAAGAAGUAUUGUAUUCCAUUUGUUAAACCAAACCAACAGACUCCACCAGGCAUUUAUAAUAUUAACAUGACCAAACCAAUCACUAGUGAAAAGAGCCUCCUUCAGGCAAAUAAGAAAAGAAGAGAAUACGCAAAGACAGAUGUGCAUUUGCCUGAAUUAAACUAUAAUCAUCUCCCUGAACUGAGAGCCUUGGAAGGCGUAGCUCGAAAUUCCAGGCUAAUGAGGAAAGAGAACAAAAACCUUUCAGAAUCUCAAAUUCCUUCUCUGGCCGCUAUUGACUUGCAUGCCUCCAGUGUUACACUGCAUCAGUUCCCAUGGGCCAGGAGCCCGGGCCAAGCUGCUUCUCUCCUUCAGAGUCUCACAGGCCGAAAUCAAGGUGUCAUCAGGGCCGCGUUUCUCUCUGGAGGCUCUAGGGGAGAAUCCGUUUCCAGGCUUGUUCAGGUACCAGGAUCUCCCCUGCCAGAGGACUCGGAGGCUGACUUACCUUGGAUGGAACACCAGCACUGAAUGUCAGUUUGGUUCUGAAUGGGAUGCUGCUCUAGCGCUUGAGAUGACAUCCUCCUGGAACAAAAGUGCUGAUAUCCUAGGAGGAGAUAGACAUGGUUUUGAUCAUUUACUUCUGAACUGCCUGCAUUUUCUGAGAAAUGUUUUGCAGAAGGAAAGACAAUGACUUCCAGGUGUUUCAAAGGAAGAUUGGGCAAGUGUCCUCCCCAACUGUCAGCCAUCAUCUUUGAAGUCCACUGAUGCUACUUCAAGAUAAUCCAAUGAAAGAAUAGUGAUAUGGUUCUCGUUACAUGAGUGUAUAUUUACUAUUAGUGGGUUGUGUAUUUAAAGGUACCCAAGAUUAACAGUAAGUAAAAAAGGGGAGAAAGAUUAUAAAAGUUUAUGUUACUUAUGCAUCAAGCUUUGUGUGUUACCUGCAUUGAUGUGUACAUUUAUUUAGGAAUGUCUUUGUGAAUGUGGGAGCUAAAAACUAGGAUCAGUUGAAGAAAAUGAAAAAACUAGGAUCAGUAAAAAAAAAAAAAUGUUUCCUUUACCCUAACCUAACUAUGAAAACACAUUUAAGAAUCUUGCUUCUUUCUAGGCUUUAACAAGAUAUGUGACUGCUCUUUAUGGGUAGAUGUAUUUCUUUGGUUCCUGUGCGUAUAGUUGAUGUUUGAUCAGUGUAUCAUGGGAAUCUGCCUCUCUGUUCAUCUUCUAAGAACCACCCUAAAUGCAAGUUUCACAAAGAAACCUUUUUAUUUCUAACGAUUUGGAUAGUUCUUUGCACUGUAUGAUUCUGGGGCUAACGUUCCUGUGAGCAGGAAUGUGAUCGGGACACGAGUGAGAAAGGAGAAUUCUGUAGGUCUACCUUGGAGUUGAAUACUUCUCAUUGACAAAAGAGGGAUAUCUACAAAACCAGGAAAUGGGAAGCAGGGUUACCAAUUGACUAUGGUCACUCUUCUCUGGGCUGAAUCCUGCUGAACUCCCCAGCCGAAGAGGCUUUGGGCAGGGGACGAACUUUGUUCUGGACUUUACUCCUAUCCGCUGAUAGUUUGAAGGUGAUAUUAAAUAGAAUAUCUUUCUAAAAUCCCAGAGAUAUUCCUGUCUUCUUAUUUCCUCAAAUACCUAGGCCUUCCCAAAAGCUUUUAACCAAGGUGCAAAAUUGUUAACCCACAGGACACACAUCUUUCCAAAUGCACUGGUCCUCAACGUUUAGGUGGGAGAGUUAAACCAAUUUGGCUCUCGUUUUUUCGUUUCUGGGUUUCUAGUCAUGCUCUGCAUUUACUGUUUUAGAGAAUGAUUGUUAAGGGGACCAGAAUUUGUGUGGGGUUUUUUUGCCUUAACCAAUUAAUAGUAUGUUGUUGUUUUUUCCAAAAGACAUUGACUAGAACUUAGCCCAGGAAUUUUACUAGCACUUUUCUCUAUUACCUACCCUGUGGAGCUUAAUAUUAAAAUUCUAAUCAUAGUUACUUGAGCCUCAAAAGAGUAGUAUAUUCAGGAGGCAAAAUAAGGGGCUGCAAUGUAAAAGUCUAUGUAGGUGGCUCAAUUAAACUUUGAUCUUGAUUUUGAAGCUCUAUGUCUAAUCUCUGACCAGGUGUUUGACUAGAUGAGGUAUGGCUAACAUGCUGAACAAAGUUAGUGUAUAGGCAUUAAUAGGCCUCAAAUUAAAAUAUUAUUAUUUUUACUUUGAAUUAUGUUGUCAACAGCCACCACAGCAUAAAAAGCAGACACUACUUAAAAGCCAAGUAGCUGUCCAGUUUAUUUCAAUGUUAAUUUUAUUAAAAGAUUGGUAUGAAAAUAUCACCUCUAUGUCUGAAGGUCUAGGAUUAGACCUUUUUCAUUCUAUAUUUGCUCUUGGUAUCUUUUAUCGAUUAAAACAUUUUGUGCACUUUAGAACUAAAGAACUAAAAACUAUUACUAUAAGUCUAAGUUGAGACUUGAAGCUCAUAUCUGGUUAGAAUCUUGGAAGUACUACUUGAAAAAGAUUUUGCAAACUGGGGCUAUAGACCCUGAACUAAAAUAAUCCCCCCCUUUUUUUUUUCAAUUUAAGGUUACUUUUUCUUUCCUUACAAAGGAUAUGAUUAAGUCACAUACUAAUAGGAAAUAUGUAUAUGUACUAGUGGGAAAAUGGGCUUGCUGUGUGUAUGUAUAUUUUACAAUUAAUAAAUAUUAUAUGUUA